UGUUCAAAAGUUAAAUUUACAUAGGACAAAUAUUGAUAUUACCCCAUCUACAAGCAAUCUGAAAAGAAGCAGCCUUCAAGAAGCACUUGAGUUAACUUCAGAACCAGUGUAUACUUUCAAGAACAUAUACGACUCUGUUAGGAGGAUUGAGACUUUAGUUAGGCAAGUAUCAACCAAAGUUGAGGUUCUUACCAAAGAUGUCCAAUAUCUCAGCCAGAUAGUACACACCUCCAAAGAGAGUGAUCCAAUAGAAAAUGAUGAUGUGCUUCUUCAAAAGAUGCCAUUAUCAUCACAAGAACAACUCAUAGAAUUUGAUACAGAGUUGAAGAAUGAUCUAACUUUUUCAGAAAUUUGUUCAUCCCUUUCCGUUGUCGGAGGCAGAGAUGGGUUUGAUACUGUUAGAAAACUACUUUCGAAAUUAAUAAGCCAUGAUCUGGCUUUGAAUAUGAAUUGGUCAGGGAGAAAUCAAAAACUGAGUUUAAAAGAGUAUGAGAAUACUCUGAAAAUGAUAGUAGGUAUAUAAGCCAUAAUCCAUCUCAGU